UCUAUGAGGCACAAAAGUGGAAGGCCACUGAAUACUGGAGCUGCUCUACUGUUUAUUAAAGAAAAUAUUUUUACACAAUCCUCUGGGAGCAGACGUCAUGAGGGUGUACCUCAGAUUCUGUACUUAUUUAGCGGUGGUAGAUCUGGUGAUGAUGUCAGAACCAUUUCACAAAGUUUAAGAGAAAACAACAUAAAAGUCAUUACAAUUGGCACAAGUAAUUCUGAUACACUUGAGUUACAGACAAUGUCUACAACACCAGCGUAUGCUUUCUCUGUUCCUGACUUCACCUCCAUCAACAGCAUUGUCCAAAGAGUUGCCUCUGUUUUGACAAGUGGUGAUGAAAUUCCUGAGCAAUUUCCAACUCCUGGGGGCCAGACUUUGGAUGCAGGAAGAAAUAUUGUGUUUCUUAUUGAUGGAUCAGAUGAUGCUAGUGAUAGAUUCACAGCUAUACGAGAAUUUGUGGCCAGUUUGGCAGAGACAUUUGAUGUUGGUAAAGAAAAAGAUCAAAUUGCUGUUGUGCAGUUCAGUAAUACUGCAGCAAUAAGCUUUAAUCUCAGUACAUACUCAUCCACUUCUGAGGUGGCAGAUGCUGUACGCAACCUCAAACCAAAAGGGGGAAGGCCGCAAUAUAUUGGCCAAGCUUUGCAGUUUGUUAGAGACAAUAUUUUUACCCCAAGUGUUAGAAGUCAGCAAAUAGGCCGUGUUAGCCAAAAUCUUGUGCUUGUGGCUGGUGGCAGAUCAAGAGAUUCUCCUCGUGGACCAGCUAACGCACUAAAGAGUAUGGGAGUAGCCAUUUUUGCCAUUGGGUCAAGGCUGACAGAUCCUAUUGAAAUGGAAGCCAUUUCUUCGAAGACAGAUUAUGCCAUUGCUGUUUCUGAUUUUCAUGAUUUAAAAAAUUUACGCCAAAGCCUCAUGAGAAAACUUAUGGGUGAAAGACAAAAAGGAGACAGAGAAAUUGAUGGCACAGGAUUUAAAAGGGAUAUUGCUUUUCUUGUGGAUGGUUCGGACAGUACAAGAAGAGGAUUUCCAGAAAUACGUGAUUUUCUGUACAAUAUUAUCACAAAUCUCAAUGUGGGUAUUAAUAAUGAUAGAAUCUCAAUAAUUCAAUACAGCAAUGUGCCUGUAGCAAAUUUUUAUUUGAAUUCAUUCUUAAGAAAGGAAGAUGUAUUGAAUGCAGUAAAAGUGCUUAGCCAUAAAGGUGGAAGGCCCUUAAAUACAGGCUCUGCCCUUCUAUAUGUAAAGGAAAAUAUCUUUAUAAGUGCCUCGGGAAGCAGGCACAAAGAAGGCAUCCCUCAAAUAUUAAUUCUGCUGACUAGUGGAAAAUCAAGGGACAGCAUUUCUGAAGCAGCCUCUGCUUUGAAAGAAAGUGGGGUGUUAAUAUAUGGAAUAGGAGGAAAGUACUCAGACUCUUAUGAAUUACAUACAGUUUCUUCUGAAAAUAAAGUGCUUUCAUUGGCUGACUUCAGUGAAUUACCAAAAAUCCAGACACAGUUAUUAGAAGCAAUGAAAGCCAUUCCAAGUUACAACAAAAAGGAAUUCAUAGCUGAGAGUGAAAGACAGAGAAGAGAUGUUGUCUUCCUAAUGGAUGGAUCAGAUGGAAAUAGGAAUGGGUUCCCAGCAAUGAAAGAGUUUGUGCAAAGAAUGGUGGAGAGAUUGGACGUAGCUGAGAACAGAGUUCGUGUUUCUGUUGUCCAGUACAACAAAGACACAGACGUCCAUUUCUAUCUAAACACGUACACGAAAAAGGAAGACAUUCUUGAACGUGUCAGAGAUCUGAGGCACAAAGGAGGCAGACCCCUCUACACGGGGGCAGGUCUCCAGUAUGUCAGAGACAAUGUCUUUACAGCCUCCUCCGGCAGCAGGCGGCUGGAGGGUGUGCCGCAGAUACUGGUUUUGCUUAGCGGGGGAAGGUCAUCUGACAGUGUUGAUGCAGCAGCCUCCUCUCUGAAAGAGCUUGGCGUUUUGAUCUUUGGAAUAGGAUCGAGGGGCUCUGAUAGCAGAGCAUUGCAGAGAAUUUCAUACGACCCCAAUUAUGCUCUGACCGUGUCCGACUUCAAUGAGCUUCCAAAAGUCCAAGAGCAGCUGCUGGCCUCUGUCCAGGCUGUUCCAAUUCCCAUCACUCCAACUUCCCCGACUCUGACCGCUGGUGACGCCAUACCCAGAAAGGACGUAGUGUUCCUGCUGGACGCUUCAGAUGCUACUAGAAAUACUUUCCCAGCGAUGCGUGACUUUGUGCAAAGAUUAGUGGAGCAAUUCAACAUAGAUGCAAACAGAGACCGUGUUUCCGUGGUGCAGUACAGUAGAGACGCAGAGGUCAAUUUCUAUCUGAAUACCUACACAACAAAGGGGGAUAUCUUGAACUCUGUCAGAGGUCUGAGGCAUAGAGGAGGGAGACCCCUCAACACUGGGGCAGCUCUCCAGUAUGUGAGGGACAAUGUCUUCACUGCCUCUGCGGGGAGUAGAAAGCAAGCGGGUGUCCCUCAGAUUCUCAUCCUCCUCA